GUUGUCAAAGUCGCUGUUUUGAGGUUAAGAAGGAAGGAACGACCUCAAAUACCUACUAACCUAAUCGCUUCGUGGCGCCUUUGAAAGCAGAAGGCCGUGACGUGGGAGGUGCCUUCCACCUCACCUGCAUCAUUCCACUUCAAUCCUCAUACACCUCUCCUCGCAUCUCCUGGUUUCAUUCGAAUCAAAGCAAGAGCAACAUCGUCAUCGCCCUUUCUUUCAAUUAAAGUCACAGGACAAGUGCUGACAAAAACCACGUUGUGCCUGAUUUACUAAGCACCCUGCAUUAUCAAGCACACAAACCAACCUUCACAGGGAACGAUGUAGGGUUACACAAAGUACCUACCUAUCUGCUUGCAACUCCCCUCAAGCGGUGGAUAAUAUAAUGGGAUGGGCUCUUUAUUGCGGAAAAUUGGUAAUGUAUUCAUCUCCUCGUACGUUUGCUUUGCGUCAAGUGAACUGGAGGGUGAGGGGAUGUCCACUUGCUCCCAGGGUACUUUGAAAGUGGACAUGUUAUAGCUUUGCAGUACUGUAUUAUUAUGUCUUCCUCUUUCCUACGUUAGAACUUGAUUUCUACUCCAUAUACUUCACAGCAGCAAUAAAACAAAACUUAGAAAAGAAACGUGGAGAGAUCACAAUACUAUAGCUCUCGAGUCCUAUCUUCCGACUGCAGGGCUAAGAAGUUAAUAGAAGAGAAGAGGAGAAAAGAGACGAUCCAAUGAAAUAUCGGUCGGUCAGCCUCGAUACAUGUGCAUAUGUACAACACCAUUGAACCUAACCCCAAAGAAGCAAUAGGUCCCAAUCGCCGCAUAUGCGGGGUAAUGGCGAAUAGAUUACCGCUUCAAGAAACCAUCAUUGUUUAUGUGAGUAUAGCAAGCAUGCAAGGCGAACUUAUUAUUAAUCACCCUCUACACAUCGUUUCAUACGUUAAUUAGGCUUGGGUUUCUUAUAGGGAUAGCUUGUUAAUCAUAUAUAAAGUCCGAAAUUCGAUAGAGAGGAUGUAAAGCCGUAGGUACUGUACUGUAUUGUGCUCGGUUGGAUAAGUUUGGUUUUGUCUAUAUAAGAGUAAGCUUCCUCUCCCAUCUCUUUAUCUUUUACACCCAUCUAUCUCAUCAACUCAGCUCUUCAUUCCCCCAUCCCACACCAUCCAUAACCCUUUCACCUACCUCACCUCACUCAACACCCCCUCCCACCCCUCACCUCAAACCAACAACCCACCAAUCCCCCAAAACCGAAAAAAAGAUGUCCAAAAUAAUCCUCAUCCUCGGCGCCGGAAAAAACGUCGGCCUCAGCAUCGCGAACCUCUUCUCAACCCACGGCUACAAAAUCGCGCUCGCCUCGCGUUCUGGGGCCCCUCUCGGGGAGGGGAAGGGGUUCCUUAGUAUCAAAGCGGAUUUUACGGAUCCCAAGAGUAUGGAGGGUGUUUUUGAGAGGGUGAAGAGGGAAUUGGGUGUUCCGAAUGUUAUUGUGUUCAAUGGUUUGUCAUUCCUGUUUCUUAAAACGAAUUCGAAGGGGAGUGAUAAAAAGAAAAAGGAGAGAUAAAGAAAAAUACAAAAAAAUGAAGAAGAUCUCACUAAUACCCACCCACCACCCAGCCUACCAAUCAACCUUCAACCCUUCUCCCUUCUCCCUCCCACUUUCCACCUUCUCGUCCGGCGUAGCAAUAAGCAUCACCUCCGCCUUCGCGGCCCUAAAAUACGCCAUCGAAGGCUUCGACACCCUCCCCGCUGACGUGAACAAAACAUUCAUUUACACGGGUAAUAAACUGAAUGUCGAGCCGUGGCCCCAACUCCUGGAUUUGGGUGUUGGAAAGGCGGCCGGCGCGCAUAUGGUGGUUGCUGCUGCGAAGGGGUAUGGUGGGAGUGGGUAUCGGUGAGAAAUUCCUUUUUCUUAUCUCUGUAUAUGUCUUUCUUCCUCUCUCUCUCUUCCUCGUCCUUCCUUAUCUCCAUCCAUCCCACCUCCCCCUCCCCUUUCUUUAAAUUCCACCUCAAACACGAUCCAACCCAACACCUAACACCUUCGGCACAGAUUCUACUACGCCGACGAAAGGAAAGCCGACGGUGACCCGGUGGGCACGCAAAUCAACGGCGAAAACCACGCGCAGUUCUUUUGGAAACUUGCUAGUGCCGCGGAGCAAGGUCCUUGUCUUGCGACGUUUGUGGUGAGUGAGUUUGUGGAUUUUGGGGGGUUGUGA